UCUCCUCUUGUACGCUAAUAAGCUUCUCUCACACACCUUUGUCUUCUUCCUUUUAUUUAAACACUCUGAUUCGUUACUUCACAAGUUAAAAGUGAUCUGACAAGUUUCCUCUAAUUAUCGUACGAUAGUGUUUUCCCGAUCAGAUCCAAUCAACAAAUCGAAUGGAGAGAGGUGGUUACCGAGGAGGUCGUGCUGACGGCCGCGGCAGAGGCGGCCGAGGUCGCGGUGACGGGGAUGGUGGAGGCCGUAGUUAUGGCCGCGGCGGUGGUGACCGGGGUCGUGGUUUCGGCGUCGGCGGCGCAGAUCGAGGUCGUGGUUAUGGAGGUCGUGCCUCUGAGCGAGGCGGUGGCCGUGGUGGGGAUCAACAGGAUUUCCGAAGCCAGAGUCAGUGGGGACCACCUCCGGGUCAAGUUGGCCUUGGGACGCAGUUGCAGCAGCAACCUCGACCACAUGUGGUUCAACAGCCGCCACAGGCUCAAGUGAGUCAAUCCGUUGCGGGAGGAGGCGUAGGUAGAGGCGCGUGGGGUCGUAAGCUGCAGGUUUCUCCUGAUACGGCGGCGGUUCCACCUUCUGCAUCGUCAACCGUCGCGGUUUCUGAAACGGCUCGUGGCUCUGAAAUUACGAAUCCAAGGCCAUCUCAGGUUGCUUCUUCUUCUUCUUCUGACAAGAAAGUUCAAGUUGUUUCUUCUUCUUCUGCUAGAAAAGAACCGAUGAAACGUCCUGACAAAGGCGGUGUUGUAGCUGUGCGACGUGUAAACCUCCUUGUCAACCAUUUCCAAGUGAACAUCAAUCCCCAAACUGUCAUAAGACAUUACGAUGUUGAGAUAAAAGGAGAGAACCCCACCAAGAAGAUAUCAAGAUUCGAGCUAUCUAUGGUCAGGGACAAGCUGUUCACCGACAACCCCCACGAGUUUCCCUUUGCCAUGACAGCAUACGAUGGUCAGAAGAACAUCUUCAGUGCAGCUGAGUUGCCUACCGGGUCAUUCAAGGUGGACUUCCCUAAAACGGAUGAGACUAGAGCUCGGAGCUAUACGUUCACCAUCAACCGGGUGAAUGAGCUUAAGCUCCGUGACUUGAAAGAGUACAUGUCGGGAGGUUCUUCUUUCAACCCUCGCGAUGUCUUGCAAGGGAUGGAUGUUGUGAUGAAGGAGCACCCUUCCAAGUGUAUGAUAACCGUCGGUAAAAGCUUCUUCACUCGUGAAACUGAGCGGGAUGAGGAACUUGGGUAUGGUAUUGCAGCUGCCAAAGGGUACAGACACACUCUAAAGCCGACACAACAAGGCUUAUCAUUGUGCUUGGACUACUCAGUGUUGGCGUUCCGGAAGUCAAUGUCAGUCAUCGAGUAUCUGAAACUCUACUUUGACUGGCCUGAUUUGCGUCAGUUUAGGAAUGCUAGACGUAACGUGGAGAAGGAACUGACUGGGUUGAAAGUCACCGUCACUCAUAGAAAGAACAAGCAGAAGCUCACUAUCGUAGGACUGAGUAGAGAAGACACAAAGGAUAUCAAGUUCGAUAUUAUAGAUCCGGAGGGUAACGAGCCGCCGAGGAGAACGUCCAUCGUUGAGUAUUUCAGGAUCAAGUACGGAAGAGACAUUGUUCACAAGGACAUCCCUUGCUUGGAUUUGGGGAAAAACGGUCGGCAAAAUCUUGUUCCCAUGGAGUUCUGCGCUUUGGUCGAAGGACAGAUUUAUCCAAAGGACGACUUGGAUAAAAAUUCUGCCUUGUGGUUGAAGAAGUUGUCACUUGUCAAUCCACGACAAAGGAAGGAUAAUAUACUCAAGAUGAUUAAGUCUAAAGAAGGACCAAGCGGUGGAGAAAUCACUGGGAACUUUGGAAUGAAAGUUGACACAAACAUGACACGUGUAGAAGGUCGGGUUCUCAAGGCACCGGCGUUGAAGUUGGCAGAGAGAGGCAGAGCUCUCCGGGAGGAACCUAACCCGAGGCAGAACAAUCAGUGGAACCUCAUGAGGAAAGGAGUCACGAGGGGUUCGGUAGUCAAACACUGGGCUGUGCUUGACUUCACUGCGUCUGAGAGGUUCAACAAGAUGCCUAAUGACUUUGUGAACAACCUUAUCAACCGUUGCUGGACGCUUGGGAUGCAGCUGGAGCCUCCCAUCGUUUACAAAUCGUCGAGAAUGGAUACGCUUUCUAAUGCUAAUGCUCUCGAGGAGCUGCUUCGAAGCGUGAUUGAAGAGGCUCAUCGUAACCAUGGUGGUGCUCGUCCGACUCUUAUUCUCUGUGCAAUGACUGGGAGAGUCGAUGGGUACAAGACUCUGAAAUGGAUAGCUGAGACCAAACUUGGUCUGGUGACUCAGUGUUUCUUAACCGGUUCGGCGACUAAAGGAGGUGAUCAGUACCGGGCAAACCUUGCGCUCAAGAUCAAUGCAAAGGUGGGUGGAAGCAACGUUGAGCUGAUGGAUACUUUCUCUUUCUUCAGAAAAGAUGAUCAGGUCAUGUUCAUCGGCGCUGACGUCAACCAUCCAGCUUCUCGCGACAAGAUGAGCCCGUCCAUCGUUGCUGUAGUGGGUACACUAAACUGGCCUGAAGCUAACCGUUACGCAGCUAGGGUCAUUGCCCAGCCGCACCGGAAAGAGGAGAUACAAGGAUUUGGUGAAACGUGCUUGGAGCUUGUUAAAGCUCAUGUUCAGUCCACUGGGAAACGGCCUAACAAGAUUGUGAUCUUCCGUGAUGGUGUCAGUGAUGGUCAGUUCGAUAUGGUUCUCAAUGUGGAGCUGCUUGACGUGAAGCUCACUUUUGAGAAGAAUGGUUACAAUCCGAAGAUAACUGUUAUCGUGGCGCAGAAACGUCACCAGACUCGUUUCUUCCCUGCUACAGACAAUGAUGGGAGCGACAAGGGAAACGUGCCUUCGGGUACGGUGGUUGAUACUAAAGUGAUUCACCCCUUUGAGUAUGAUUUCUACCUUUGCAGUCACCAUGGAGGCAUUGGGACGAGCAAGCCGACGCAUUACUAUACUCUGUGGGAUGAACUUGGAUUCACUUCCGAUCAGGUUCAGAAGCUCAUCUUCGAGAUGUGCUUUACUUUUACUCGUUGCACCAAACCUGUGUCUCUCGUUCCUCCGGUUUAUUAUGCUGACAUGGUCGCGUAUAGAGGAAGGAUGUACCACGAGGCGAGUUCAAGAGAGAAGAACAUUAGGCAGCAGCCACGGGGAGCGUCUUCUUCCUCACUUGCUUCUUCGUUCUCUUCUCUGACUGUGGACGACAACGCGAUUUUCAAGCUGCACAAAGAGCUGGAGAACGUCAUGUUCUUCGUGUGAACAAAAGGUUUGGGUUAUAUAUUUGUGUUUUGGGUCCCUAAGCUGAACUUUAAAAUUGCUAUUAUUGAAUAUAUCGGAAUAGUCCCAAUAACGCAGUUUUACUCCUUUUAUCUCAAGGAGUUUGUGCGUGAAUCUAAUUGGGUUUUUUUCGUUUCUUGCAGUGUGUUUCUUUUCUUUCUCUUUGUUUCGGUCGUUGUGUUGAAAGCACUUUGUGUUUGGUAUUGUAUUACUCUUUUGAGCGGACACUACUUAUGUCAUGGUGUUUUAUUAUAAUCAAGAAUCUGAGUUUCGUAAUUA